AUGAAUGAUCAAGACUCAAUUGUUACUAGGGAGCAGGGUAUCAAGGAUGAUAUCAUCAUCGCCAGUGUCGAAGAUACAGCCAGUUCCAUAAACAACAAUCCAGGGGACUUUGAUGAAAGCAUUCAGGAACAGAAUGAUGAAGAAAGCGAUGUUGAUAAUGGUGAUGAGGUAGAGCAAGAAGAAGGAGGAGGAGGAAGUGAACGAACUAAAACGUACAAACGGAUCCUACUACAACGAUUCACAGUUUACAAUUCAGCUUCAACCAUGUACAUUGUAGGAUCUAAUGCUAAAGAAUCAUUAUAUCGUAUCUUGGAGAUUGCAAAGGAUGUUGAAGAUGAGAAACUGCUAUCUAUAAUUGAAGACAAGAGUUAUUUCUAUACUCGCAAAGAUAUGAUUGAGUUGCUUAAUGGAUUGAAUGAUUCUGUAGAAGGUGGAUUACAUAAACUAGCUCAAGGGUUUGGACUACUAGGCUUGGCCAGAUUCACCAAGGGAUAUUAUUUGAAUUUGAUUACUAAAUGUUCUCAAGUAGCCAUAAUUGGUGGUCAUUUCGUAUAUCACAUAGAUGAAACCAAAUUGAUUCCAUUGGGAACAAAUUAUAAACGACCUGAGAAAUAUAGUGAUGAAGAGAAAUUGCUUUCAUUAUUCAGAUACAUGGAUUUAAGCAAGACUUUUUACUUUAGUUAUAAUUAUGAUAUAACUAACUCCAUGCAGACCAAUUUCAUGCGUCAUAAGUUAUACAAUUGUGGUGAUCAAAAUGCCAAACUACGAAACAAAUUGUACACCAACUUUGACUAUAAUGAACGAUUUGUAUGGAAUAAUAUGUUACUAAAGCCCAUUUUGGAAAGUGAAGAUGUUGCUACAUUUGAAUGGUUCCAACCGAUAGUUCAUGGGUUUAUCGACCAAGCUAAUAUAUCAAUAUAUGGAAGGAAAUUUUACAUCACCAUAAUUGCUCGAAGAUCUCAUCAUUUUGCCGGUGCUAGGUUCUUAAAGCGUGGUAUUAAUGACAAGGGCAAUGUGGCUAAUGAAAUUGAAACAGAACAAAUUGUAAGCGAUAUGUUGACUUCAAGUUUCCAUGAUCCCAAGUAUGGAAUGUACAAUAAUCCAAGAUACACCAGUUUUGUUCAACAUCGAGGAUCAAUUCCACUAUUUUGGACUCAAGAUAUGAAUAAGUUACCCAAGCCACCAAUACAAAUUAAUUUACCCGAUCCAUUUUAUCAAAGUUCAGCAUUACAUUUUGAUAAUUUAUUUUAUCGAUAUGGAUCACCUAUAAUUAUUUUAAACUUGAUUAAGCAAAAGGAAAAACAGCCACGAGAACUGAGAUUGAAUAUUCAGUAUAUCAAUUGUAUCAAUUACCUCAAUCAGUUCCUACCUGAGGAAAAGAAACUCCAAUAUAGGUCAUUUGAUAUGUCGAAAAACUCCAAGAAAAAUAUGGAUGUGAUUACUCCUUUGCAAAAUAUUGCUCAUGAAGCAAUAAAUCAAAUUGGAAUAUUCCAUAAUGGUACAACAAUCAACUCCACUCAAUUACAAAAGGGAAUCAUUCGAACAAAUUGUAUUGAUUGUUUGGAUCGUACAAAUGCGGCACAAUUCAUCAUUUGUAAAGAGGCAUUGACCAAACAAUUGAGAAGUUUGGAUUUGAUAUCAGAAGGCAAGACGUUGGAUUAUGAAUCUGAUUUAAUCAAUAUCUUGACUGAGAUUUUUCAUGAUCAUGGAGAUACAAUUGCCAUACAAUAUGGUGGAUCCAAUUUAGUCAAUACUAUGGACUCAUAUCGACGAAUCAAUCAAUGGUCAUCUCAUACGAGAGAUAUGCUAAACAGCAUAAAGCGUAUGUACUCCAACUCAUUUAUGGAUUCUAUUCGACAAGAAGCAAUCAACCUAUUUUUAGGAAAUUAUAUCUAUUCCCUAGAUAAACCCAAGUUAUGGGAGUUGAGUAACGAUUUUAGAUUACAUUUUGAUUUUGAUUUGGAAAUGAAACCAAAAAGAAGUUACACUCGUUGGUUUAAUGAGGCCAAUUUGAAAGACGAUCGAUUUAGGAUUACUGUGAGGAGUGGUGUAGAAGAUAAGCUAAAGAAUGAAGUUUAUAACCCACCGGAAUCUAAUGAUAAAUGGUAUAAUGAAUGUUAUGUACCACGAAAGUAUCAAUCAUUUACUGAAUUAUUUCAAUUUAACAUGAAUUCAAAUUCUCGGUAUUUCCCACUGUUACUGCUGUUACAACCGCAAUUCCAACCGCAAUUGAGUCCGAAAAAGGAGCUGAAACUGCGCUUGAAACUGAAUUUGAAUCUGCAUCUGAAACAACAAUUACAGCUGCAACUGCAAUGGAAACAACUGGUCGCUGAAGAUAUAUCAAUAAGAUUCGAUUAUAGUCCAUUUGAAAGUCGGAAAUUUAAGCAUUCAGAUAAAGCAGUGGGUGGUGAAGAGAUUUCAUAUUUGGAACAUCAAUUGAAUAAAUGUGAUACUGAUUGUGAUUCAAAGAGUGAAGGGAAAAGAGUGACUCGAAGUUCAAGUGGGAAAUAUAAUCCCAAAAAUAUCAAGACGUUUCUUGCUUCAAAGAUAACUGCUAGACAAAAUUCGAAAAAGAAGGGUAAGAAUGAGGAUCAUAGGUCGAAUACACACAAGGCGAAUUCACCAACUGAUGACACUCGAGAUGAAGCUGAUGAUGAUGAUAGGACACUUGUUUCAUCAACUCAACCAAUAGUUGACGAAUCAGACGCGAAAUUAUACGAAUCACAAUUUGAUUUAUCCAAAGUAACUAAGUCUUCACCCAAUUACAACUACGCCGGUUAUUGCUCAUAUAAGUCUACAAGAUUGAAACCACUGUUUCAAGAUCAAGAAAUUUACAAAUCAUCAUAUAUUGACAAUUUGGAAAGUAGUGGCAAGUUACAUAGUUUGGCUAAUGGCUCCUUUAGAAGUUCGUUUGUUGAUAUGGUCAACACUCAAGAUUUGAAGACUUAUUUACAUUAUAUUAAUGAUGAGGAGAAGUUGUUGGAGUUGGGUACAGAUCAUAAUUAUAUAUGA